GUGGGAAGGAAAGGAAUGAGUGAGUGAGAAAAAAAAAUAAUGGGUGGAGCACGGGCGAAAUCGAAAGUAGUGGAAAAGUUGUCGAGAUGUGGCGAAGUUUCUUAAGCGUUGGGUGGGUGGUUGGUUGGGUAGGUGGGAGAGAGAGUGGUUUGUGAAUUUGCUGCCAAUCUCAGAAAGAGAGAGAAACAGUGUGUGUGUGUGUGUGUGUGUGUGUCUGGCUGCCGAGCGAAGGAUGGAGGGCGUUACGGAUGAACUGACCUGCUGUAUCUGUUGCGAGAUGUUUCAGGAGCCGGUCAUGUUGGAGUGCAUGCACCAUUUCUGCAAGAGGUGCAUCCUGCGAUUCUGGCGAGGCUCCCGCACCACCGUGUCCUGUCCCCAGUGCCGCCGCCAGUUCGACUCCAAGAAGUUCCGCACCAACUACCUGGUGGCCGGGGUGGUGGAGAAGAUGAGAGGGGCCAGCACCCAGGACUUUCGGCUCAGGCUGCAGAAACAUCUGUCUGAUGUCCUGAAGUGUCACCGGGACCAAGUGGAUAUGUUUGUGAAGAUGAAGAAGCGAGACGAGGAAAAGAUUGUGGGAAUCCAGACGGACUCUGCCGAUCUCCAGCUGAGGGUGAGGAGCGACUUUGAGAGGAUGCACCAGAUCCUUUGGAAGGAAGAGAGCAGCCUGGUUUCCGAGCUGCAACAGGACGAGGCCUCGGCUCUGGAGAAGCUGGAGAGCCACGUCCAGCAGCUGAAUGCAGGGCUAGAGGAGCUGGAGCAGCUGAUCAGCUGCACCCAGGGGUGCCUGGAGCAGCUCAAGAGUACAGUGCUGAUUGAGACUCGGGGUCUAGCACGCAGUGUGCAGGUUGAUGGUGAGCCAGAUGUCAGAAGCCAUUUCCGCAGCGCUCGCUACACGGGACCUCUUCAAUACAUCAUCUGGAAGAAGAUGUACAAAUCUCUAGAGCCAGCUCCAGCCCGAUUGACCUUCGACCUGAACACCGCUCAUCCUAACCUGGCCGUGUCCGAGGAUCUGACCAGCGUGACCGAGGCCAAUGAGCAGCAACCUGUUCCAAACAACCCUGAGCGAUUCGAUAAGUGCGUCAAUGUCCUGGCCUCCCAAGGCUUCUCGAGCGGGAGGCACUACUGGGAGGUGGGGGUGGAUGGCAAGACCAAGUGGGACCUGGGUGUUGCUAAGGAGUCUGUUGACCGCAAGGUUGUGGUUAAGGUCUCGCCUUGCAAUGGCUACUGGACCCUUCGCCUGAGGAACACCGAUCAGUAUUGGGCUGGCACGUUGCCAUGGAAACGCCUGCCCAUUCAGAGGAAGCCCAAGAGGAUCGGACUGUUCCUGGAUUUUGAUGCCGGCCGCCUCUCGUUCUACAAUGCUGAGGAUAUGUCUCACCUCCUGACUUUCCGCCAGCCCUUCUCGGAGAGGGUCUUCCCCUUCUUCAGCACCUGCUUCAACGAAGGGGGGCUCAACUCUGCACCCCUUCGACUCUGUCAGAUCAGCCCAUAGAGGGGGAGAGAGUAGGGUCUGAGGUGGGGCCGAAUGCACUGGGUCCUUCCAGCAACGUGGAAGGUGACGGUGGGGAUCCUAUAGUUUUCCCAGAGUCUGCUGGCUUUGGGAUCCACGGCCUACCCUCCCCACCCCACCUCAGUGCUUUAUUCCUGAGAUUGUGGGGGCUCAGCAGGGCUCAGUACUCUCCUCUGUCUCUGCCUCCCCACCCCACCUCUUUUCCUCUCCUUCCCUCCAUCUUUAAUCCCUUCCUCUCUUCCUGUUUACCACACUAAUUCAAAGCCGGAAGUGAGGAUAAGAUGAGGUUGUGACGAGACUGACUAGACAUUCACUGUGACCAUUGGAGAAAUCGUUGUGGGGGAGACUUUUGUAACAAAAGGUACGAAAUUUGAGAGUGAGAGAAUUACCUUCCGAUGGAAAAAAAAUGAAGUGGCCGCCAUCCGGUGGCGGCUCAUAGAACUUCAGCCACCAAAAUCUGUGUUGCUAUUAAUCCAUUAUACUAUUAAUUUAGUAGAUCAAAUUGAAAAUUUCUGCAGUUUGGAGAGUCGAGUUUAACUCUUUCUGGCUCCAAUAAAACUUUAAACUGUUUUGGGGCCAUGGGAAGAUUUGUCAAUCUCCCUUGUUUCUUUUUCAAAUUCUCUCUCUCUUUCACUACUUAUUUUUCUGACAUCAUGUUUCAACUAAUGGUAUCCAUAUCCUUCCCCUCUUCUCCCUUCCCGCCAUUGCCCCAAACACAGAUCUUACUAUCAGUUAGACAGCAGCACAAUAAAUCCUUUUAUUUUACCUCGCUUAUCGAUGGGUUAUAAAUGAUCUUUUGUGUUCGAUUUAAAGUUUGUAGGCGAAAUCUUUCCUGUUUUAGAUUUUACUUUUUCAAGUAGAAUAAUCAAUAUUGAAGCAAACAAUUAACUUUUUAUUUAGCUUGCAAUGUGCAUCUUUGGAAAAUUGCUUAAAUCACUGAGCUGUUUUCCAUUGUCACUCUGACAUCUGCACUGUGCCCGGCUUCAUCUGCUGCAGCCACUAUGACUUACAAAGUUGCCCCCAUCUUCUUGGCUAAGGGGCUUGGUGUGUAACUUGUGAUGUGAACCCUGGAGAGACCAGGGAACAGAAUGCUGAAUAAUGUUAGUACUUUGUUCUGAUGAAUCUUCCGCUUAGUUUCUGCCUGCGAUGCAAACUGUUCACUGAAAUGUUGCUGUAUUCAUUAUUUUAAAAAAUUAAAACUUGCAUUGUGAAAA